AUGAUAAGAAGUCACGGAUGGUCAUUACUUAACAGAUUCUAUCCGGUUCGGAGUUUCACAAGAUACUCUAAGGUUGAUAUGACUUUUGAAGGAAACACUCAGGAUAUAUCUACUUCUGCCGAAGAGAGAAUGACAACUGUGUUUGGGGGUCGCUUAAAGGGGGAGCCACCAAAGUCUACAAGUAGAGUGCUCACUGGCGGAAUGAGGAAAAUAGCAGGUGUCCAGGUACCAGCAAAACCGCAAGAACCAGAUAACUGUUGCAUGUCAGGAUGUGUUAACUGUGUGUGGGAGAUAUAUAGUGAGGAUUUGAGGGACUGGAAACAAAGAAGAAAAGAGGCAGCAGAAAACAUCGAGGGAACUGAAGAAAAAUGGCCCAAAGACUGGAAUCCGCCUUUGGGAUUGUUGAAUUUGGAAAACAUCCCAGUGGAAUUACGAGAAAAGAAGCUGGAAGUUGAAAGUAGGAAAGCAGAACAAUCUCAUGAUUUGUCUGCUAUCAGAAGCUUGUUCCCUAAGAGAAAAGGACCCCUGCCCAAAAGUGUAUUAGCAGCCAAAAGAAAAAAUACUGCUUUGAGACACAAACACGAACAAGAAGAAGGGGGAGCAGGUCAAUAUAUGGUUGAGCUUGAUGCAGAUGAAGGCUGGGAAGAUAUCCCAGUUUACGUCAAAGCAUUCGCCGAAUUUGAAACAAAGAAAAGGUUACAAAAUAUUCACCGACAGGAAGAACUAAAAAAGAGAACAGCUUUAGUUUGA